AUGCCCGACGCCCGCCAGCCCCAUGCACCCGACGGGAACGCCGCAGCCACCUGCAGGACUGAGAGCCGGGGCCCAGAACCACACCACAGCUGGCCGCCCCAUAGCCUGCCAUGGGAGCCCCGCAGAACCAAGCGACGGCACGGCGCAUCAGGGACGCGGCCGCACGCAGCCGGAUCGGGCCCGAGUGGGCCCGCACGGCCGCCGCCGGAACUGAUGCCGCCGAUGCACCCGUCAUGCUGCCGGUCCACCCGCCGGACCUACCGCGUCGUCACCACCCCCUCCGCCACCGAGGGAUCAUCCCCCGCACCGCACAUCGGCCGAGGACCGCGCGCAUCGCCGCCCGGCCAUCCACAUGGCCCGAGCGCCGCCACAUCUGCCGAGCCGCCGCCACAGCCCGCCUCCCCAUCAGAUCCGGGCGCGCAGGCCCCCGAGUCGCCACCCCACGGCCCGGAGCCGCCGCUCCGGCUUCCCUGCGCCGACGAACCGCCGUCGUCGCCCCAUCCAAGUCUGGCGUCCGCGCGCUACCCCGAGAUAGGAGACGCCCCCGGCACCAUUUGGCAGCGGGGAGCCGCCGCCACCGCGGCACGAAGGCCGGCAGCAGCGGCGGCGCUGGGAUUCGUCCCCGGUGCCGCCUGGGGUGCGACACGGAGGGUCAGGGCCCUAUUUGACCUUUCUUCUGUUCUUUAUGAAGAUCACCUAAAGUAA